AUGUCCAUAACCUCGGACGAGCUCAACUACCUUGUGUUCCGGUACUUGUCCGAGUCUGGCUUUGCACACACGGCAUACACCUUUGGGCACGAGUCGCUGGUGGCGCGGAGCAACCUCGACGGGUCUGCGGUGCCGCCCGGGGCGCUGGUGUCAUAUGUGCAGAAGGGCUUGCAGUAUCUGGAGGUGGAGACACACCUGCGGGAAGACGGGUCUGAGAUCGAGUGCGACGAGCCGUUUGCACUGCUCAUGCCGCACCAGUGCAAGGUGAAGAAGCGGCGUCGGCGGCGCAAAGCCGGCGAGGACGGCGGCAAGAGCGAGGGCGGGGCGGCUGAGGGCGGAGCAGGUGAAGGCGGUGCCGAGAGCAAGCCUGCGGUCAAGGUCGAGGUGGAGGAGGACGAUGGCGUGGCAGCGAUGGAACUGACAUCCUCGCUGCCGCACUUUGACAUUGCGGUGCGGCCGCCCGAGGCGGAGGAGGUGCUUGCGAUGACCGGCCACAAGAAGGACGUGUUUUCGGUUGCGUUUUGCCCGAAAGACCCGUCGCUCCUGGCAUCAGGCUCGGGCGACUCGACGGCGCGACUGUGGGUCCUGCCCGACGAGCUGUCGAGUGGCCUGGGCGACAACGCGCAGCGGGAGUUGCGACACGCAGAGAAGCUCAACGACGUUAUGGCCAUGGCAUGGGCACCAGACGGCGGAGUGCUGGCGACAGGUGCGCUCGACGGCAACGCACGGCUAUGGUCUGCGUCUGGCGAGCUGAUGAAGACGCUGAGCGGCCAUACACAGCCGAUCUUCUCCAUCGAAUGGUCGCCGUCGUCGUCGCUUGUGCUCACGGGCUCUGCUGACUGCCGCGCCAUCGUGUGGGACGCGGCGUCGGGAGCGAUGAAGCAAGAGUAUGAGCUGCACUCUGCUCCAACGCUGUCUGUGGCGUGGCGCGACGAGAACGUGUUUGCCACGUGCUCGUCGGACCGGUCGAUCUAUCUGUGCGAGGUUGGCAACGCACGCCCGUUGGUUCAGUUCUACGGACACCACGACGAGGUCAACAACAUUGCGUUUGACCCGACAGGUCAACUGCUUGCCAGUUGCUCGGACGACCACACCGCCAAGAUCUGGACGGCGUCGUCAGAGACUUGCGUCCUUGACCUCAACGCGCACCGGAUGGAGAUCUUUACAGUUGCUUGGUCGCCGCUGGCCACGUCGGGCGCGCAGCUGCUUGCCACAGCCUCGCAGGACUCUACGGUCAAGAUAUGGGACAUUACCGCCAAGCGGUGUCUCUACGACCUCACCGACCACACAGACUCUGUGUACUCGGUCAAGUUCUCGCCCGACGGCCGCUACGUUGCCACCGGCUCGACCGACGCCACCGUCAAGAUCUGGAGCGUGACUGACGGCUCGCUCGUCCGGUCGUACUCAUCCGACGGUGGUAUUUUUGAGGUCACCUGGGCGCCCGACGGCUCCCGCAUUGCCUCUGCCCAUGCCAACGGCUCGGUUGUUGUUUUGGAUGUCCGCAAAUAAAAGGUGUUGUACUCG